CCUUAAAGUUGAUUUAAUUUAAAUUGUUAAUUAUAUUGAAGAGUUAAAUGUUAUUUGGUUAUCUUAACAUGUGAAAAAUUUAAAUGAAAUUACCGUUAAUACAUCAUCCCUAUAAAGAGAACAAUGAUGUAGCUUUCAAGAGCCGCCGCUCUUAGUCGUAAAAUCUUAUCUGUUGAUCGCGGAAGAACGAGAAAUAAAUGAUGAAAUUAUACGCUUAUAUAAUUUUAUACGCGUGUGCAACUGUUGACUUCAGUUUCUGACAUAUGGGUUUAUAUUAAAAUCCAACACCUUUUUUAAUUUUGAAUUUUCAAGAAGAUUCCAUUCAAUCACUCUGAAUUUUUUCCUUUCUUAAAUUUAUCUGCAGUGAUAUGAGAUACUAUUUAAGCUCUUUAAAUCAUUCAUUUUGGAAUUGAAGCAGAUGAAAUUGGCAAAUAAGUGAUUGUAGCUCAAUCAAUGACUCUGGUAGCUAAAAGAAGACUCGUGUUGGUUCUCAACGAAUUUAUAUCAACACCAAGUUGAGGAUUCAGAAUGUUUAAACUAACUGGAGGUCCGUAAUGCUGAAAGAAGUGGGUUGUGGAAGUAACACACCCCCAUCAGGGGAGCGCACCCCUCGACAAGAUGUAGAAAAUGAACGACAUUUGGUGGAUGGCGGACUAGCUUGUGCAGGUUGUGGUCAAGAUAUUGCUGAAAGAUGGUACCUGAGGGUGACUGAUCGAGCAUGGCACUGUGGCUGUCUUCGGUGCUGUCACUGCAGGGUGCCUUUGGCAGCUGAACUCACGUGUUUCUCCAGGGAUGGAAAUAUUUACUGCAAAGAGGAUUAUUACAGACUCUUCGCAGUCUCAAGAUGUUCACGUUGCCGAGCAGGAAUCUCUGCUUCAGAAUUAGUAAUGAGAGCUAGAGAAUUAGUUUACCACAUAGCCUGUUUCGUCUGUGCUUCUUGUGGUAUUCCUCUGAAUAAGGGUGAUCAUUUUGGACAACGUAAUGGCCUCGUUUAUUGCAGACCUCAUUAUGAACUAAUUUGCUGUACUGCCGAUUAUGGGAACACUUCUGGAAGUGUUGAAGAUCUUGGUUCUCCAGGAGUUUCACCACUUCCGGGUUAUUACAGUGCAGCAGAGCAAAGUCCAGUUGCGUCAGUACAGAAAGGACGGCCUAGAAAGAGAAAACUAUCAGAAGUUACUGGAUCAGAAAUGUCUGUGUCUAUGAGGCUUGGAGCUGGAGGACUAGAAUUACUUCACCCAAAUGAAUUAUCAUCGUCCAUGGAAUCAUUAACAGCGUAUGAUACAUCAGUUGGUUCACCUGGUCCAGUUCACUCAACCCAACGAACCAAACGCAUGAGGACGAGCUUUAAGCAUCAUCAAUUACGUACUAUGAAAAGUUACUUUGCUAUUAAUCAAAACCCUGAUGCCAAGGAUCUUAAACAAUUGGCCCAGAAGACAGGACUUUCUAAACGAGUACUUCAGGUUUGGUUCCAAAAUGCCAGAGCAAAAUGGCGACGUAACAUGAUGAGACAAGAAGGAAAUAGUGGAACUAAUAGUGUUGGAUGUCCUGGAACACCAGUGCCAUCAUCAACUGGCAAUUCUCCUAGUCUUGGACCCAGUUCUUCAUUCCUUGGAGAUAGCAAUAGCCAACCAUCAACUUCCAUGGAUGAAAUUCAUGCUCUUCAUCAUUUACACUCUAGUGUGUCACCACAAGUUUCAUUCUCUGAUCUUUAUUGACAUCAACUGCAGCUUAAAAAAUAAUGCUGCUGGUAGUUUGAUGAAGAGUUGAACAAACAAUAGACUUACGGUGCUAAGUGCUUACUAAUUUAAUGGGUGUCAUAUAAAAAGUAAUAUUUAAAUAUAUUUAUCAGUUUGCUUAUAAUCAUUAGUAAACUAAUUUUAGAUAUAUCUAAAUAAAGAUCUCAUUUUUUAAAUUAAUACAGCCAUAUUCUAUCUGAUGACGUAUUAUAAAGUGAUGGAGAAAUAGAGGGAAAGAGUUGGGAUCAAAUGGUGAUUAAUAAGGGAUCAUUUUUAGGAUUAUUCAUUGUGAGUGGAUUUAGAAAUAGUGAUAAAUAACAAUUAUUAAUUAGAACUAGUGGACAGACAUUUUUCUCACUAUAUAACUGAUGAUUACUCGUAAAAGUAAAUAUGAAACCACCAUCUUCGUAUUAGAUGACAAGAAAAAUUCAAAAUUAUGUGCGGGAAAACAAUCACAAAGAAAUGAACUGGAUCACAUUUUGAUUGUAAAUUGACA